UGGUCCUUUGAAUAUAAUUCGACUUUCAGAACAAUGGGUUUCGGUUCUGUCUUCCUCUGGAUCAUUCUUCUUUCCUCUGUUGCCUUCUCAAAUGUUUCAACAGUGUAUGCUUUCACGGGGACAUAUGGAGUAAAUUAUGGCAGGAUUGCUGACAAUCUCCCACCACCUGAAAGAGUAGUAACCCUUCUCAAGGCAUCUAAGAUAAAAAACAUCAGAAUUUAUGAUGCUGAUCAUCAAGUUCUCAGGGCAUUUAAAGGGUCCGGUAUUGAAAUAAUAGUUGGACUCGGAAAUGAGUAUUUGAAGGACAUUAGUGUGAGUCAGGAUCGUGCCAUUACUUGGGUGAAAGAAAAUGUGCAGUCAUUCCUCCCUGAUACUCAUAUCCGUGGAAUCGCUGUGGGAAACGAGGUUUUGGGGAGCGAUAACCAGGAACUAGGGGAGGUUUUGCUGCCAGCUGUAAAAAAUGUUUACAAUGCCCUUCAUCGGCUGCAUCUGACUGAUGUAGUGGAGGUUUCAAGUCCACAUUCAGAGGGUGUAUUUGCAACUUCCUACCCUCCAUCUGCAGGAACUUUUAAGGAGAAUGUUCUUCCAUACAUGAGACCACUUCUCCAUUUCUUCUCAAAGAUUGGGUCUCCUUUCUAUAUAAAUGCUUACCCAUUUCUGGCCUAUAAAAGUGAUCCCGAGCACAUUGAUAUAAACUAUGCUCUUUUCCGUUCAAACCAGGGAAUUUAUGAUUCUAAGACUAAACUGCACUAUGAUAAUAUGUUUGAUGCUCAAAUUGAUGCAGCUUAUGCUGCUUUGGAGAAGGCAGGGUUUGACAAGAUGGAAGUCAUAGUUUCAGAAACUGGAUGGGGUUCUCGUGGAGAUGAAACCGAAGCAGGAGCCACUGUUAAAAAUGCAAGGACUUACAAUUAUAAUUUGCGCAAGCGGCUAGCAAAAAAGAAGGGGACCCCUUACAGGCCAAAGAAAGUGGUGAGGGCAUAUAUUUUUGCCCUGUUCAAUGAGAACUCAAAGCCUGGGCCAACCUCAGAGAGAAACUUUGGAUUGUUUAAAGCUGAUGGAAGCACCGCAUAUGAUAUUGGGUUUACUGGACUUGUAACUAGUUCAGCAGGCUCAUCUCUUUUAUCCUUAAAGGUUAUUGGACUUCGAGGUUGGUUUGGGUCCUAUUCAUUAAUUUACACGAGCUGCUCUGCAGCUGUGCUGCUGAUUUUGAUGUCAUGACUGGUCAAAAGACUUCAGAGUCUCAUUUUGGUGUGAUAUUCAAUGCACAUACAAAUUUCCCUAGAAACACUUCAUGUUCUUCAAUUUGUACAGGUACUUGUAGCCCCCCUACGGUUGUUUCAUCAUCUACACUUAUAUUAAGAGUAGGAAAUUACCGCAAGUUGUCAGUAGGUUUUUAAUCUGUUUCAGAAAUAUACUACA